AUGGAACCCUAUGCAUACCCUGCCGAAGGGUUGGAUGAGAUGGCAGAAAAGUUGAACCGAUUAAGCACAGCGGACUCGCGGCAUGGUGACUCGGCCCCAUUGCUCAACGGGCGGUCCUAUGACGCCUACGAUCCCCGACUACGACCCCCCUCGAGCGGCUACCCGCUGCCACCGACUCCCGAGUCGCAAUGGAGUCCCACCGAUGACCUUUUCCGAGUCCCGAAUUAUGAGCUUGGCCAGCGGCACGCUGCCGCAUUGCCGCUGCAGCGUCCGGUGUCGAGGAGCAAGUCGUCACUUUUCCGAAAAGACUCGCAUACAUCGGACCGAAGGCCCUCGAGAGGCUCGUCCGCCGGUUUCAGCCUGUACCCCGCAGCCCGUCCACCACCGCCGAAGCAGCCGCUGCCCGCGCUUCCCUCCAACAAAUCUGCACGCCGCAUCUCAUCCCAGGGCUCCUUUGACAGCAGCUCAAUUGCAUCGGGCGAGACUUCGAGAUACUCGGAUUCCACCAGGGGUUUUGGGCUCGAGCGAGUGCCCACGAACGGAACACCAACGUCUCCACACACCAAUGCGCAUUUCGUGGCUGUCCCUCCCGUGCCCGAGGAAUAUCGGACACGGCAGGCAUCACAAUCCACGGCUGUGACUGUUGUGCCCUGGAAAUCUCUCACACACCAGGAAAAGGCCCCCAAGGAUCCAUCCGUCUACUUCUUUGACAUUUCAACAACGUCUGCCACCCUGGCCAGCAAACAUGGCAACAACAUCAUCAAGGUGUGGUCUGUCGGCUCAGGCGAGGUCCAGAGCCAGAUCAAAAUCUCUUGCUACACAACCGCCCAGCCUCGGUCGCGCGAGUAUUUCGUCCGUAGCCAUGCCAUUCUUUCCGAGCCCUCCAACAUGAUAGCCAUUGCCACCGGCUUCGGUGACUCGCUCGAGAUUUGGGACUGGGGCAAGAAGAAGAAGCUGCAGUCCAUGGACAAGGCGGACCGUUGGGCCGCCGUUCGCUCCAACGUUAUGGAAGCCGGAUGGUGCCCCCUUGUCACCUACAGAGGAGACAACGACACCAUCGAGCUGUGGGAAGCGACAUACUCCAAGAAGCCAUUCAAGAAGACGCGCGUGAUUGAGCUCGCCAGGGCGGGUCUCCCGGUGUUGCCAAAGUAUCCCGAACUCGCCUUCUCCGCCACUGGACCCCUCCUGAUCACCGCCUCCGGGCCUCGGCCACCCAGACUAGGGCACCCUCCUCCCGAGAGAGAGACGCUCCUCAUAGCCUGGGAGAUCCACAACGGCGCCGAAAUGACAACACCGUACAAGGUCGUGGCACCAUGGCAGCAUGCCGAGCUGGACACCGCCCUCCCAUCUGGUCUCGCCACCUACGGUUCAGUCGCCGUAUCAAUCUGGAUCCCCGCCUCCUACCGUGCCAUCCCCGUCCCGGCCGCGAGGGGCGGCAACGGGUACAACCUCGCCCCCGCCUCGGUCCCCUUCCGGUAUGUCCUUGUAUGGGACUUUUCUGCGUCAUCCACGAAGACCUUCCGCAUCCCCAACGCCAUGUCGUGCGUAAGCCCGGAUUGCAGAUUUAUCGCCUACUGUGACUCUAGGGGGGUUGACUCGGGAGCGAGAGGAUGCUUGGCGGUGCUGGAUGCCAUGACGGGGAAGCAGCUGUGGUGCUGGCCGGACCCGGAUGCCACUGCUGCGGACGUUGAUAUGAUGGCUGGGUUCAGCCAGUUGGCGAAUUUGAGCAAGGUGACGGAGAUGUGCUUUUCUGCCGAUGGCGGCUUCUUGUUCAUUGGGGACAGCGAGGGCGGCACGGGGGUUUUUGAGGUGAGGGAGGGCGGAAAGGGGAUUAGCAUGAGGCCUGUCUAG